AUGUAUAAAUUAUCUCCUUAUAUAUGUUUAACGACCAAGAGUUCAGUCCAAGAAUUCGGAGCACGCCUAUCUCAAAAUACACAUGUGACACCAUCCUGCGAGAAUUCAAAUAAUAUUCUCGCAGAUAAUGCGGAAGUUAUGUUAUAUCAAUCGCGAAAGAGAUCACCUACUGUCCGUAACCUGAAAGGAAAUAAGUUAAUCUGGAAAAGAAUAACAAAGCAGUUUUGGAAGAAUCAGGAUAUUCCGUUUUAUCGUUGGGAUUUGGGUAAUACUUAA